AGCGUGUGACGCCGCCGCCGCCGCCGCCGAGCCGGGGGAUUAAUGGGAAAAGUUUUGGCAGCCGCCGGAGGAGCCUGCGGAGCCUGCGGGACGGCGGCGGCGGCUCCCGAGCCCGCCGGAACAGGGUGGUGCGGCGUUGGGGGCAUGCACCGGGCACUCACGCGGCGACUCCUGCGCACCCACAGAUGAGAACAGGCCACCCGAGAGGCUAACAGGAGCUGCCCUGUAGCGGUCCCUCUGCGUCCAGGCCCAGAUGGUGCCAGAGCUAUGACCGGACCUGCAGGCGUGGUGCCGAGGGGUCAUCAGCCAUGGAGCGGCCACCGGAGGAAACCCCUGCGGGCCGGGAAGAGGAGGAGAAAGAGGAAGUGGCAGAGGCAGAGGGAGCCCCAGAGCUCAAUGGAGGACCAGAGCACGCGCUGCCUUCUGGCAGCUACACAGACCUCUCCCGGAGCGCCUCACCCCCCUCCCUGCUGGACCAGCUGCAGAUGGGCUGCGACGGGGCCUCGGGUGGCCUCCACAUGGAGUGCCGAGUGUGCGGGGACAAGGCGUCAGGCUUCCACUACGGCGUGCACGCGUGCGAGGGCUGCAAGGGCUUCUUCCGCCGCACCAUCCGCAUGAAGCUGGAGUACGAGCGGUGCGACCGGAGCUGCAAGAUCCAGAAGAAGAACCGCAACAAGUGCCAGUACUGCCGCUUCCAGAAAUGCCUGGCCCUGGGCAUGUCGCACAAUGCCAUCCGCUUUGGCCGGAUGCCCGAGGCUGAGAAGCGGAAGCUGGUGGCAGGGCUGACGGCCAGCGAGGGGAGUCAGCACAACCCCCAGGUGGCCGACCUGAAGGCCUUCUCGAAGCACAUCUACAACGCCUACCUGAAGAACUUCAACAUGACCAAGAAGAAGGCCCGGGGCAUCCUCACGGGCAAGGCCAGCCACACGGCGCCCUUUGUGAUCCACGACAUCGAGACCUUGUGGCAGGCGGAGAAGGGCCUGGUGUGGAAGCAGCUGGUGACCGGCCUGCCGCCCUACAAGGAGAUCAGCGUGCACGUCUUCUACCGCUGCCAGUGCACCACGGUGGAGACGGUGCGCGAGCUUACCGAGUUCGCCAAGAGCAUCCCCAGCUUCAGCAGCCUCUUCCUCAACGACCAGGUGACCCUCCUCAAGUACGGCGUGCACGAGGCCAUCUUCGCCAUGCUGGCCUCCAUCGUCAACAAGGACGGGCUGCUGGUGGCCAACGGCACCGGCUUCGUCACCCGCGAGUUCCUGCGCAGCCUCCGCAAGCCCUUCAGCGACAUCAUCGAGCCCAAGUUCGAGUUUGCCGUCAAGUUCAACGCCCUGGAGCUCGAUGACAGCGACCUGGCCCUCUUCAUCGCCGCCAUCAUCCUGUGCGGAGACCGGCCGGGCCUCAUGAACGUGCCCCAGGUGGAGGCCAUCCAGGACACCAUCCUGCGCGCGCUGGAGCUCCACCUGCAGGCCAACCACCCCGACGCGCAGUACCUCUUCCCCAAGCUGCUGCAGAAGAUGGCAGACCUGCGGCAGCUGGUCACCGAGCACGCGCAGAUGAUGCAGCGCAUCAAGAAGACCGAGACGGAGACCUCGCUGCACCCGCUGCUCCAGGAGAUCUACAAGGACAUGUACUGAGGGGCGCCCGCCGAACGGGCCCGGCCGGAGGGGACAGAGGGACACGCGGGCCCUAGC